UCAUGACGGAACAGAGCCAAGACCCGGCUUGCUCAAUACUAUUGACGUGAGGCGGUUUCGUUUUGGCUGUUUAUUUCCUUUUUGUGAGUAACAGCUAAACUUUGUAAUCGGUUCGCCGGAGGACAAAAGGCAAACAUUGUUGUAACCCUUAGUUACACCCUGUUUAAAUAGAAGGUGAGGCUUAUCGUCUUAAAACAACAGGAAGGAGGCAUCACCUGUCGAUGUCACUUCCUUUCACAAGUCCGCGGGUCCGUCUCCAGCCUCUGUUAGGCAGGAAGAGAGCGGGAGCGACUGCAGUAGUGCAGCGCCUGUCAGACAAGGCUGGUGAGAGAGAGACAUGCCCGGGAGGGAAUUCCUGGUAGAGAACAGAGACGGCGAAAACGAGCUCCAGUUUGAGCGACUCACCAGGGAGCUGGAGGUGGAGAGACAGAUUGUGGCCAAUCAGCUGGAAAGAUGCAGACUUGAGGCUGAGUCGCCAGGCGAUGCUAGCAGCAGCUCGUCGGAGAAGUCCCUCCCCUGGAGAUCGGCAGAUGUCUCCACCUCCGGGGAUGCCAAGUCUCGGUUGAAUGACAGCUCCCAGUCGCCUAGUUACCGCAUCAGGACCGAGUCAGAGCAGGUGUCCCUCUACUCCCCGGAGCAAGCAACGCUUCAUGAAAGUGAGGGGUCUACUGGUAACUCCCGGACCUCCACCCUGAUGAACUCCUACGCAGACAGCGGGUACCAGGAGGCGGGCGGAGGUUACUAUGGCAACCAGAAGUCGGAGCUGAGGCAGCAGCACUCCUUCCCCGGCACCGGAAACCCGGGCCCCGCCACCCUCAUCCGGAACGCCAGGGCCGAGGGCCAAGCUGCCCAGCCCCAGCCAGUCCCGGGCCGGGCCAUGCGCCGGGUGUGCUCGGUGCCGUCCCGCACCCAGUCCCCGCAGUACGCCAGCGGGGUGUCCCCGUCCCGCUGCUCCCUGCGGGUCACCGGCAGCGGCGGCGGCGGCGGCGUGGCGUACGGCUCCCCCAUCGUCACGGAGCCCAAGCCCCUCUCCAGCAUCUUCUCCGCCACCCUGCCCCACCCCCAGCGGGCCCCCGCCUCCGCCUCCUCCGCCGCCAACCCCGGAGGGGGUGGCGGCGGAGGAGGGGGUGGGGGGUCGCCCUACUCCACCCAGAGGAGCUCCCCCGCUGCCCUGCGGCGCGUGGGCUCCUCCACCUCCCGCUCCGGGGGCAGCCGCAACACCUCCCCGUACCAGGUCCCAGGAGGAGGGGGAGGGGGAGGAGGAGGAGGUCGCAUGGGCUCCCCCCUGGUCAUGGCGGGCGGCGUGUCCCCCCCCCUCACCAAGCAGCCCGGCCAGUCGUCGUCGUCGUCGCCGGCGCGCGGCAGCAUGACGGCGGUCCCCCAGCACUUCGGCUCUGCCACCCUCCCCCGGUCGCUGAUGCAGGAGGCCCCGCCCUACGGGCCCCACGACGGGCGGGCCUACGGGCCCCAGGACGUGCCCCCCUACGGGCCCCAGGACGUACCCCCCUACGGGCCCCAUGAAGGACAGCCCUACGGACCCCAGGACCCACCCCCCUACGGGCCCCAUGAAGGCUCCCCCUACGGGCCCCACGACGCCCCCCUCUACGGCCCCCACGGCUACGAGAUCUACGAGAGGAUGAACCGGCCCGACAGCCUCACGGGUACAGACGCCCUGGUCGAUGAUAAUAGUCAAGGCCUGCGGAGCUCCUACUCCAGUCAGAUGGGCCAGGACCUCCGGUCGGCCAUGUCCCCGGACCGGCACAUCACCCACAUCUACGAGGACCAGACCUUCCAGGGCCCGGUGUACAGGAGCCCCGGCGCGGCCCCCCAGGGCACCCUGUACAGGAGCACCUCAGGUGUGGGCAGUCUCCAGAGGACGGCCAGCCAGCGGAGCACCAUGACCUACGCGCGGAACAACUACGCCCCCGCCGCCAACUACGCCGACCCCUACCGCCUGGCCCAGUACCGGCCCGGCGACGCCCCCUACGGCCGCCACGGCCCCGUCGCCAUGGACGACAGCGCCACGCGCUCGCCCUCCAUCGACAGCAUCCAGAAGGACCCCAGGGAGUUUGCUUGGCGGGACCCUGAGCUCCCGGAGGUGAUCCACAUGCUGCAGCACCAGUUCCCCUCCGUUCAGGCCAACGCCGCCGCCUACCUCCAGCACCUCUGCUACGGAGACAACCGCACCAAGGUGGAGGUGUGUCGGCUGGGGGGCAUCAAGCACCUGGUGGACUUGCUGGACCACAAGGUGCUGGACGUGCAGAAGAACGCGUGUGGCGCCCUGAGGAACUUGGUGUACGGCAAGGCGCUGGACGACAACAAGGCUGCCGUCCGCUCGGCCGGGGGCGUGCCCGCGCUGCUGCGGCUGCUCAGGAAGACGGUGGACGCAGAGGUCAGGGAGCUCGUCACAGGCGUGCUGUGGAACCUGUCGUCAUGUGACGCUGUGAAGAUGACAAUCAUCCGGGACGCCUUAACCACCAUGACCAACACUGUGAUCAUCCCCCACUCCGGGUGGAGCAGCUCCACCUUCGACGACGACCACAAGCUCAAGUUCCACACUUCUCUGGUGCUCAGGAACACCACCGGCUGCCUCAGGAACCUGAGCUCUGCGGGGGAGGAGGCCAGGAAGCAGCUGCGUACGUGUGAAGGGCUCGUGGACUCCCUGCUCUACGUCAUCAAGGCCUGCGUUAACACCUCCGACUUCGACAGCAAGAUCGUGGAGAACUGUAUCUGCACCCUGAGGAACCUGUCGUACCGCCUGGAGCUGGAGAUGCCCCCGUCGCGGCUGCUGGGGGGCCAGGAGCUGGCCGGUCUGCUGGACGGGGAGACGGCCGACCUGGAGACGGACUCCAGCUGCUGGGGCCGCAAGAAGAAGAGGAAGAAGAGGAGCCUGCAGGAGGACACGUGGGACGGCGUGGGGCCCAUCCCCGGCUUCUCCAAGCCCCCCCAGGGGGCUGAGAUGCUGUGGCACCCUGCGGUGGUGAAGCCCUACCUCACCCUGCUGGCCGAGAGCUCCAACCCCGCCACCCUGGAGGGGGCGGCCGGCUCCCUGCAGAACCUCUCCGCGGGCCACUGGAAGUUUGCGUCGUACAUCCGCGCGGCGGUGCGUAAGGAGAAGGGUCUGCCCAUCCUGGUGGAGCUCCUGAGGAUGGACAACGACCGCGUGGUCUGCUCCGUGGCCACGGCCCUCCGCAACAUGGCCCUGGACGUCCGCAACAAGGAGCUCAUCGGUAAGUACGCCAUGCGGGACCUGGUGAACCGGCUCCCCGGGGGCAGCACCACGCAGCUGUCGGACGAGACGGUGGCGGCCGUGUGCUGCACGCUCCACGAGGUCAGCAGCCGGAACAUGGAGAACGCCAAGGCCCUGGCCGACACCGGCGGCAUCGAGAAGCUGGUGAACAUCACCAAGACCCGCGGGGACAGGUACUCGCUGAAGGUGGUGAAGGCAGCCGCGCAGGUGCUGAACACGCUGUGGCAGUACAGAGACCUGCGCACCAUCUACAAGAAGGACGGCUGGAACCAGAACCACUUCCUCACCCCGGUGUCGACCCUGGAGCGGGAUCGGUUCAGGUCGGCGCCCUCCCUCCCCACCGGCUCCAUACAGAUGUCCCCCGUCAACCACACCGUGGGGAGCACCGUCUCAUCGCCUGCUGUGCUGGGCAUCAAGGAGAGCCGCUCAGAGUACCAGAGAGCUCCCUCUACUAUGCAAUUUUAUAACCACCAAGGGGACAACAGCAGUGUACAUAAAAACCAAUACACAGGAUCGGGGAAACCGUCGCCGCAUUACUACAGCUCGCCCACGAGAGAGGAGCCCAGGAGGACGCAGCCGGUGUACUACGCUGAGGACCCCGGUCGGAGGAACUAUGAAUCCUACAGGAUGUACCUGCAGGCCCCCCGGGGCUACGACGAGCCGUACAUGGACGAGGUCAUCACCUAUCCCCCUGCGGCGGCCGACUACGUUUCCCACCACCCCCACGGACUCAAAUCCACCACCAACUACGUGGACUUCUACUCUAGCACACGCCGACCUUCCUACAGGGGGGAGCACUACCCCGGAUCACCGACUCCUGGGUAUAGGUCUCGGGGGCGGUGGGGGGGGGGGGGGGGGGGGGGUCUAGCAGCAGUGAUGAUAUGAGGAACCCCUUCUCCACCGGCUUUCAAACAAGAUUUAAUUCGCCAAGAAUUCGUCGACUCCGACGCUGAAAAAAAGACGCUGGAGGUGGAGAAGGGGAAAGAACUAACUGAUGAACUCUUUCAUGAAUCUUUGUGUGUGUCUGUGCGUGCGUGUGUGUGCGUGUGUUGGUUGUCAAGUGAAUGUGGCGGCGAGUGAGUUCAGAACCAGAUGAGAGAGGGAGGACGUGAAUGUGAGCCUAAAGAAGGAAAACAAGGAAUGUUUUUUAUUAGUUUGAAGAUGGAAUCAUCCAGUGGGUGUGUGGACGACGGCGGUGUUCAGGGCGUGGUUGUUUUGAGGAGCGAGCGUCCUACUCUGUCUAGAUGUGUUGGGUCUUUAUUUACAUGGGGAUGUGUAGGUACAUGGGGAUGUGUAGCAGAGAUGUGAGCGGCGUGAUGCGUCAUGUGAUGAGAUAUGUGAGGCCAGGAUGGAGGAUGUGUACGUGUACGUGAUUGGUUCAUGAACUCAUAUCUGUAAUCAAAUUUAAAAAAGAGAUACCAAUAAAAAAGUCAAAUAAUGUUAGUUUGUACAGAGGGAUCAAAAAAUGUAUUGUUCUGAAUGUGGAAAGUCUGUGUGUAUGCCUUUUGAGUCUUGUACAUUUUCUUCUGUUUUACUGUAAAUACAAAGAAAGAAAAAUCAUGUUACCUACUUUGAAAACUCAUCAGCACUGUUGUAAAGAAACAAGUGUCCCACCUUAAAACUCUAUAGAUAUAUAUAAGUAGUGUGAGGCAAGGAGAGAUCAUAACUCAACCGUGCAGCAAAGGUAAUAAAAGUUAUCUUGUUUUUUACAUGGAUUGUGUAUGUGUAAGCGUUUUUGUCACACAACAAAUACAGCAUUCAUUUUUCAUACCACA